GUCAGCGCCCUGUGUUUUUGCUUCCGCAAAAGUUAGAGGCUCAACUACUUUGAAUUUGGCUGGAAAUGUUAGCAUGACUAUUUUUAAAUAACAAGUUUUACAUGAUUACAUCCAUGAUGGGAAGUAGUGGUAGCAGCAGUAGAAGCGACAGCGAUGAUGAAACAACCAGUACUGAUAUUACCGUGGAAAGUUAUCGUGUUGUUGCUUCUACUGCAAGUACAACAGAUGUGGAUCACAAUCCCAAAGACUUCACCCUUGGUAUGUUGUUUAGUCAUUCUACUUUGAGAGAAGCAGCAUCUAAAAUCAGGGAUGAUAUACCAGAAACUGUAGUUCAGCAGCACCAUGGCAACCUAGUUCGCUUUCUAAAUGAGAGAGUCUACUGCAGCGAGACUCAUGUUACACUGUCUCAGUUUUGUGAUUUUCUGCACCAGAGGGGUGUUGGCAGAGAAGAAUGUGUUCAGGCCUUUGAUCAAUUCGAUGCUGAUGACGAGGGACAAGCAGAAGUUCAGACUAUGUUGGAUGCUCUUCGGACAUCAAACGGCGCCUGCCUCCAAGGCGACCUCAACUACUCAAUCCGUGCUUUACAAGCAUGUACCCUUAUCCCUAGUUUGAUUGAUAUUUACUCCAGAGGGUGUAAGAACAGUCUACAGCAUGGCAAAAGGCUGUUGAAGUAUGUUCUGAAAAACCGAGCUGUUAGUACCAAUUUCCCAUUCCCUAUCCUUGAGGGAUUCAACAACACUUGUUCUAUGCGACUGUCGGUCCUCAAGAACCACUUUGAUCGUCAAAAGGGUAACGUUGCUAAAGAACUGGCUGAUGCAACUGGGAAAGAAGUUCGACAGAUAACUCGAUGCUUCAAAACGAUUCAAGUAUCGACUAACAACAGAGAUGUCGGAAGACUCACAGACAACAACACCUCAACUUACUGGCAAUCGGAUGGAGCCACAGGUUCACACUGGAUCCGCCUUCGACUUAAAAAUGAUGUUGUACUCCAGUAUCUGUCAAUAUAUGUCAACAGAGCGGAUCAGAGUUACAUGCCACACCAUGUUUCUGUCUUGACGGGUCGCACCCCUUCCACACUCCAAGAGGUCAAAGAUUUGCGAAUACAAGGGCAUGCAAUGAAUGAAGUAGUUCUUAUACAGAAUGCUCGCAUCACAGCGCCAUACGUGCAGAUAAAUAUUCUAAGAUGUCACUCAGAUGGAUGCGAUACCAGGAUCCACGGACUUAAGGCACUAGGAUUUAGGGUUGUACAGAGUCCAAAAGUCAGCGUCAAAGAUGCCUCGGCUGUUUGGUAUUUCUCCGUCUUGGCAUCCACAGCGACAGCCACCAUGCCAAUAGCACCUCAUCUCCGAGAUAGUAUUAUAGAGCACACAAGGAUUGCCCUCAGCCAUAUGCAGCCCCUGUCUUUGAGUUCAGCCUCAGCUGAGCGGCCAUCUUAUUUAAGUGGUCCCGUCCUCGAUCAGCUGGAAACUUUCAUUGGCACUGUGUCUCGAGAUCUUUGUUCUGGUGAUAUUGAUGAUAAAGGAUUCAUCGUAGCUCUGGAACUAGCGUUAGCUCGCGGCAAUGUGGCUGGCAUUCUACAUGCCCUUGAAUAUGCCCUUGAUAAUCACAAAUUGGAGUUCCCUGUUGGAAGAAUGCUAAAGACAUUGAAUUCUGUAAGAGACACUUUACUCAAGAAACACUUUGCUAUUGCUAUUGUUGGGUUUCUUUGA